AUGUCUUUACCAAACAGAAGGAGCUCUAUUGUGACGUAUGUAGUGCUUGUGUUGCUGGAGUGUUACGGGGAAGCGGUGUGCGGGCAGCUCUCCUAUUCCGUCUCGGAGGAGGUAAACCCAGGGACUUCUGUGGGAAAUAUCGCUAAGGAUCUAAACCUCAAUGUCCUGGAUUUGGAGUCGCGUAUGUUUCAGAUUGUCACCGGGUCCAAGAGAAAGUAUUUCGAGGUAAAUCUGAAGACUGGUGUUCUCUAUGUGAAUGAGAGAAUAGACAGAGAGGAGCUUUGUGUGAAGGCUCUGAAAUGUACAGUCAGUGUAGAGGCCGUUAUAAACAGUCCUUUGAAGCUUUACCGUCUAGAAAUCACUAUUUUAGAUGUUAAUGAUAAUGCUCCGUCGUUUACUACGAAGGCACAGGUCUUAGAUAUUACAGAAAACACUUUACCAGGGGCGAGGUUCCCACUGUCUGAAGCGUCAGAUAUCGAUAGUGGUAGAAAUGCAUUGGGCACCUAUAAGCUGAGCACAAAUGAUUAUUUUUCUUUAGCGGUCCAUAAGGGAGGAGAAAGUGUGUCUGCUGACUUGGUGCUGCAGAAAGCGUUAGACCGAGAGAAACAGUCUGUUAUGAAGCUCACACUGACGGCCAUUGAUGGUGGCAACCCACCGAGGUCGGCCACAUCAGAGAUUGUAGUUAAUGUUUUGGACAUCAAUGAUAACGCUCCGGUUUUUAGCAGUUAUUUGUACAAGACUCGUGUUUUUGAAAACAUUCCAAUUGGCACGACAGUAAUAACUCUGAAUGCGACAGACGCAGACGAAGGAACAAAUGGUGAAAUCGUUUACUCCCUAAGACAAAAAGACCAAGAUUAUGUGUUGAACAUUUUUGAAAUUAAUCAACGGACUGGAGUGAUAACAGUAGAAGGAAAUAUUGACUUCGAGAAAGACAAUGCUUUUGAGCUCCGUAUACAAGCUCAUGACGGGGCACAACCACCCAUGACAUCUCACUCUAAAUUAUUGAUAGAGGUUACGGAUAUGAAUGACAAUGCCCCUGAGAUCACUGUGACGUCACUCUUAGACACAGUGAAGGAGAACGCCAAGAUGGGCACUGCUAUUGCUCUCGUGUCAGUCCUCGAUAAAGAUGAUGGCAAAAAUGGAAUUGUGGAUUGUGAUAUUGUGAAUAAAGUCCCAUUUAAACUGGAGACAAACUAUAAAAACUAUUAUUCGUUAGUGGUCGACGGGCCUCUUGACAGAGAGAGCGCUUCUCAGUAUAAUGUCACCAUCACAGCUACAGAUGAAGGGACCCCGCCUCUCUCCAGCACCAGCGUUAUUACUGUACACGUUUCUGAUGUAAAUGACAACGCUCCUCGCUUCUCAGAACCCGUGAUUAAUGUUUAUGUGAAAGAGAACAGUCCGGUAGGAGACGUCAUUAAAACUGUGUCUGCACUUGAUUCUGACGUCAAUGAAAAUGGCCAAGUGACCUACUCAUUCUUAGAGAGUAAAGGCAAAUCAGCACCGCUGUCUACAAUGGUUAAUAUAAACCUGGAUACUGGAGAUAUAAUCAGUCUGCAGACUUUUAACUAUGAGGAGAUCAAAACUUUCCAGUUCAAAGUUCAGGCCACAGACUCUGGUGUUCCUCCACUCAGCAGCAACGUGACUGUGAACGUUUUUAUCCUGGAUGAGAAUGACAACAGUCCUGGGAUUCUCGCGCCCUAUUCUGAGCACGGCUCCGUUAACACUGAGAACGUUCCCUAUUCUGCUGAAGCGGGCUACUUUGUGGCCAAGAUCAGGGCUGUAGACGCCGACUCUGGCUACAAUGCGCUGCUUUCUUAUCACAUCUCUGAGCCCAAGGGAACCAACCUCUUCCGAAUCGGAACCAGCACCGGGGAACUGAAGACUAAGAGGAGAAUGAGUGACAAUGACCUGAAAACUCACCCGUUGGUCGUGUUGGUUUCUGAUAACGGAGAACCCUCACUGUCAGCGACUGUGUCUAUGGAUGUAGUGGUGGUUGAAAGUACAGGUGAAAUCCAGACUAAAUUCAGAAAUGUGCCGAGAAAGGAGGAGAACUUCUCUGAUUUAAACCUGUAUUUGUUGAUCGCCAUUGCCUCGGUGUCAGUGAUAUUUUUACUGAGCCUCAUCAGUUUAAUAGCUGUAAAAUGCCACAGGACAGAUGACAGUUUCAGAAGGUACAGCGCCCCAAUGAUCACCACACACCCUGACGGAAGCUGGUCUUACUCUAAAUCUACUCAGCAGUAUGACGUGUGUUUCAGCUCAGACACACUGAAGAGUGACGUAGUGGUUUUCCCCGCUCCGUAUCCACCUGCAGAUGCAGAACUGAUCAGUAUUAAUGGAAAUGACACGUUUAACAGGACUCAGACAUUACCCAACAAUGAGAAGAAUUGA